CCUCUUGUGGCUGAUUUGUGAAGUUGACAUUGACAGUGCAGCACCAGACUCACGACUCCGGUCAGCACUGUUGUGUUUGCGGGUUUUACAAUGCUCAGAUCAUGCUGGAUUCGGUCACUGUCAUCUGCUACUAUACCCACAAACUACAGUCUAUUCACUGGAGCUUUCUUUAAAAAGGACCCAACUCCGAGUCUCACUGUUUCUGUAAGGCGGGACUGUGGACACACACCUACACACACUGACAGCUACCAUAGACCUCUACCCUGCACUGCGUCCCAGGACAGCUUCAGGAUUUGUGGAGCAGCCCGUUUCAGUAUGGCAUCCGGGAGCGACGGACAAGAGAGUUUACGCCGGCCAAAACACCAAAAUCGCCUGAGCAAUGAGAAAUCCCCGUACCUACAGCAGCAUGCCCACAACCCUGUAGACUGGUUUCCCUGGGGUCAAGAGGCCUUCGACAAAGCAAAAAGUGAAGAUAAACCCAUUUUUUUGUCAGUGGGCUACUCGACUUGUCAUUGGUGUCACGUCAUGGAGAGAGAGUCGUUCGAGGAUGAGGAGAUUGGCAAGAUCCUCAGUGACAAUUUUGUCUGCAUAAAGGUUGACAGGGAGGAGAGACCUGAUGUUGACAAAGUCUACAUGACAUUUGUGCAGGCAACUAGUGGAGGUGGUGGCUGGCCAAUGAGUGUUUGGCUUACUCCAGCUCUGAGACCAUUUAUUGGGGGCACGUACUUCCCUCCAAGAGACCUGGGGAGGAGACCUGGGUUUAAAACCGUGCUUUUGCGUAUUAUGGAGCAGUGGCAGAACAACAGAGAGGCGAUUGAGUCCAGUGGGGAACGGGUGAUGGACGCUCUGCGGAAGGCCACAGCCAUUUCUGCUCACCCAGAAGAAACUCUUCCCCCUGCUGUAGAUGUGGCUCACAGAUGUUUCCAACAGCUGGCUCACUCAUAUGAGGAGGAGUAUGGAGGAUUCAGUGACACACCCAAGUUCCCCACUCCAGUGAACCUGAUGUUCCUGAUGGCAUACUGGUCUGUAAAUGGUGCCUCCUCGGAGGGAGCAGAGGCACUGCAGAUGGCUCUCCACACCCUCCGAAUGAUGGCUUUAGGGGGAAUUCAUGACCAUGUGGCUCAGGGUUUUCACAGGUACUCUACAGAUUCGUCUUGGCACGUGCCUCACUUUGAGAAGAUGCUGUAUGAUCAGGCCCAGCUGGCAGUGGCCUACAUCACUGCAUAUCAGGUGUCCGGCGAGCGCUUAUUCGCAGAUGUGUCCCGCGAUGUGUUGCACUACGUCUCCAGAGACCUUAGCCACCAGUCUGGUGGAUUCUACAGCGCUGAGGAUGCAGACUCUCUGCCCACGGCUGAGUCCAGCGAGAAGAGGGAGGGAGCGUUCUGUGUGUGGACAGCUGCGGAGAUCAGGGGGCUGCUCUCAAACACAGUGGAGGAGGCCACUGGGGGUGCAACACAAGCGGACAUCUUUAUGCAUCAUUACGGUGUUAAAGACCAAGGCAACGUACAGCCAGAGCAGGAUCCACACGGAGAGCUGCAGGGUCAGAAUGUGCUGAUCGUGCGUUAUUCAGUGGAGCUCACUGCUGCACACUUUGGCCUGAGUGUGAGCAAGCUGACUGAAGUGCUGGCCAGUGCCAGGGCCAAACUGGCCGAUGUGCGCAGAACACGGCCUCCACCUCACCUAGACACUAAGAUAUUGGCCUCAUGGAAUGGGCUGAUGCUGUCAGGAUUUGCCCGUGUGGGGGCAGUAUUAGGAGACCAGACUCUGCUUCAGAGAGCAGAACAGACUGCACAGUUUCUCCGGAAGCACCUGUGGGAUGAAGAGGGACAGCACAUGCUGCACUCGUGUUACCGAGGCGACAACAUGGACCUCGAGCAAAAUGCCUCACCCAUUGCUGGGUUCCUGGAUGACUAUGCUUUUGUGGUGAGUGGUCUCCUGGACUUGUUUGAAGCUACACACACGGUUCAGUGGCUUCAGUGGGCUGAGGAGCUACAACACAGGCAGGACCAGCUCUUCUGGGAUGCCCAGGGAAGUGGCUACUUUAGUAGUGACCCUUCAGACCACACCAUACUGCUGUCUCUCAAACAGGAUCAGGAUGGUGCAGAACCCAGUGCAAACUCCAUCUCUGCAAUGAACCUGCUGCGCCUCUCCCACCUGACAGGCAAACAAGAGUGGAUGCAGCGCUCUCAGCAACUGCUGACCGCCUUCUCUGAUAGGCUAUUGAAGGUGCCAAUUGCCCUGCCCGACAUGGUCCGUGGCCUCAUGGCACAUCACUACACGUUUAAACAGAUAAUCAUCUGUGGCCAGCCUGAUGCAGAGGACACAGCCAGUCUCAUUGCCUGUGUCAACUCCCUCUUUCUUCCCUAUAAAGUUCUGAUACUGGCAGAUGGUAAUACAGAAGGUUUCCUCUACCAGAAGCUGCCUGUCCUCUCCUCAUUGAUUCAGCAAGAGGGUAAAGCCACAGCCUACGUGUGCCGGGACUUCACCUGUGCCUUGCCUGUCACAUGCCCACAGGAGCUCAGGAGACUCCUGCUAGAGUAAUGACUGAUCGUGCUAAAGUGGCAUUAUAGGUUUUCAGGGAAAGGGAAUAGAUGCAGUUUGGUGGAGACAGUCACAUUUUUUUUUCCAUGUGUGUCAUAAGGACACUGGUCAAGAAACAGUGGUGAAAUACUGAGAUUAUAAUGGGAAUAUGUGUUCAUUAGAAAAACUGCUCUGUAUUGCCUUCUCACAAUUAAACAUACCCUAUACCCAAA